CUUAGACACCCAAGAGAAUCGGUGACGAGUUCAGAAUAUUAUGAUCCGGUGGGAAAGUUCAAACUGACGCCAGAAGACAUCAGUCUCCUCAGCCAAGAGCUGAAGAAUGCCCUCAUUCCCUUCAAUCAGGUCAAGAUUACUGGCGACCUUGGAGAAGGUGCAUUUGGCUGUGUCUAUAAGGGGAUACUCACAGAGAAAGGCGGG